AUGAUGUUUCUUCUACUACUUCUAAUAACAACAAUUCAGUCAUUUCAAAUCCUUCCAUAUUUAAAACAACCUUAUUUAAAUUCCAAUUUAUUAUUAAAAUACAAAUCCACCAUGCAAACAGUCAAGUCAUAUUCCGAUAUAAAUCUUAAAACCAUUCAUAAUAAAUCCCAAAUAUUUAAAAUUGAAUCAACUAAAUCAUUUAUAUUCAAUGAUGAAAUAAUAUCACAAAUAUAUCCAUUUGAAACAUCUAUAAAAAAAUCAAAAUUUAUAGAAAUUUCAUAUAAAGAUUCAAAAAGAAAUAAUAUUACAUUUGAAUGGAUAAAAUUUAGUAAAUGUAUUCCAAAUAAUUCAAAAAAUAGAGCAACUUAUAGACAAUCUUGGUCAAUUGAUUUAGGUUCAGGUAUAACUUUUAGAUUAGAUUUUAGUAGUUUUUUAGGUGGAAUUGGUCCAACUUUUAAAAAUGAAAAUAAUUUAGAUUUUGGUAUUGGUGGUUCGAUUGUAUGUGAAGUUGAACCUGGUCAUAAUUUACAAUUUGCUAUAUUUAUUGAAUCUUUUGAUAUUGAAAAUGUUAAAUUUAGAGAAGUUAAAUUUUCAAAAUUAAGAUUGAAAAAAAAUUAUGAAAAAAAUACUGAAAAAGGUUGGAAGAAAUUUCCUAAAUAUAAACUGGUUAAUAAAAAUAAUAUUCAACUUGCUUGCUUCACUGAUCCAGAACUACAAAAUUGUUAA